AUGAGGUGCAGGUGGUGUCUCGGUGUCAAGUCGAGUCAAGUCGAGUCAAGUCGAGUCAAGUCGAGUCAAGUUGUUUCAGUCCUUAGAUUCCCCAUUUCCUUCCGUGGAGACGAGGUCAUUAUCUUCAAGUCAGCCUCUGAUGUGCCAGGCUUGGGUGAUCGUGUGGACGUGAAUGUAGACGAUGCCGCCCAGAUCGAGGAUGAAAGUAUCCUGGGCCUAGCGAUCUCAGGCGAACUGUCCCUUUAUCCAAUCUUGGCCGGCUCUGUCGUCAGCCUCACAGUCGGACUCAAUGAAGCCUGUUUCGCCAUCGACACACCCCGAAGGGGUACUAAACCUUAA